AUGUUCAAUGGCGGCUUGGUGGAUGCAGCCGAUGGCGCUGAUGUGGCGGCUUUUGCUGGUGCCAGCUGGCGGGUGCUGCCAGAGGGCGCCUGUGCAGCACAUCUUGUGCCCCAGGACUGGCGAGAGGCUGCGGCAGGCAUAAGCGUCGCAGUGCAGGACGUAUGCAGCAGCGGCCGCAGCGGGGGUCGCACAGUGGCAGUGUGUGGCGCCAAGGGCACUGGAAAAUCCUCCUUUGGGCGCCUGCUGGCCAACUCGCUCCUCAACAACACUGCACAGAGCGUGGCGUGGCUUGAUGCAGACUGUGGGCAGCCUGAGUUCACCUGUCGUGUUUUCUGUGCAGGAAUGGUGUCCCUGACCUACCUGGACCGCCCAGUGUAUGGCCUGCCUCACAUGCACCAGCGCAAGCCAGAUCAGGCGCGCUUUGUGGGGCACCUGUCUGCCGAGAGGGACCCUGUCGCCUAUAGAGGCGCGGUGCAGGAGCUGCUGAGCUGGCACGCUGCGCACCACACGAGCGCACCUCUCGUCAUCAACACCUGCGGGUGGAUCAAGGGACUAGGCUUUGAUCUGUUGGCAGAUCUGCUGCAGAACGCAGGCCCCAGCCACGUGGUGCUGCUGCAGACAGCCAACCCCCGACGCAACCUGCCCGCAGAGAUCUUCUGGGCGCCUGCGGGCAGCCCGGCGCAGGUGCCGGCACCUGCCUGCGUCCUGCAGCUGCAGGCUGUCGGGCAGCUGCCCCCUGCGCCGGCCGCACCUGCCCAGCAGCUUCCUGGCGCGCCACCCGCCCCGAAGAAGCUGUCAGCGGCCGAGACGAGGAGCCUGUCUUGGCUGGUGUGGGCGCGUGAGAUUGUGGGCCUGCCCACGUCUGGCAUCAGGUGGGAAGCUGACACCCUGGCGGCAACUGCCAUGGGCCUCGCAUCCCACACCCCCUACACAGUCCAGCUCAGCGAUAUGACCGUGGAGGUGCUGCAUGCCAGCGUGGCGCCAGGUCAGCUUGGCUAUGUGCUGAAUGGGGCACUAGUGGGCCUCUGUAGCAGGGCUGAGCAGGCAGCGGAGGCACCUGACGGGCGGCCAGAGACGAUGUGCUUGGGGGUGGGCAUCAUCCGCGCAGUGGACAUAGCUGCAGGACGUGCAUAUGUGCUAGCGACUCUUGAUGUCGAAGCCAUGCAGCAGGUCAAUGUCCUGCAGGUGGGCAGACUGGAGCUGCCACCAGAGCUGCUGCAGAGCGGGCCGGUUGUGUCCCCCUAUCUCAGCACAUGGUCCAUCGGCAGCGCCGGCACCGGCGCUGGCGCCAUCAAGAGCCGCAACAAUCUGCCGCGCGCAGCGCAACUUGUUGGAUGA